GCCGACAACGCUUACUUGCCCGUGUGGCUCAAGGACCAUGUCAUACAAAACGGAGCGACAACGUAUAUGUGCCAAGCUGAGCAACAGGAUUACCAAUGCGGCUAUUUUGCUUGUGCUCACUACUAUGCUCGCUGCGGCACACGGCGGCAAGGUCACGCAAGGAGCAGCAGAAGAAGAAGGCGGGCAGCGGACGGGCGGUCGGCGAGCAUUACCGCAACCAAUUGCUGAUGACGAAUGCGGAGCCCGAAGGGGUGAGGCCAGCCCGUGCUCUCCGGGCAGAUGCUUGCCGAAGAACGCUGGCACAUACGUGUGCGUCUGCCCAACGGGGUACGCAACGGGGCCCAACGAGAAGACAUGCAAUGAGAUCAACGAGUGUCGCGGCUACGAUCCAAACACCGUGGAGUCAUGCGUCAACACAAUCGGCUCAUACACUGCUGUGUGCAAGCCGGGUUACGCGGUCUACAACCCCGUGACGAAGGCGUGUGGUGUUGCCACCUCCCCUUCCCCUCCCUCACCGCCCCCGCCCGCUCCUCCUCCCUCUCCUCCUCCUUCUCCUCCUCCUUCUCCUCCUCCCUCUCCUCCUCCCUCUCCUCCUCCCUCUCCUCCUCCCUCUCCUCCUCCCUCCCCUCCUCCCUCUCCUCCUCCCUCUCCUCCUCCCUCUCCUCCUCCCUCUCCUCCUCCCUCUCCUCCUCCCUCCCCUCCGCCGGCUCCUCCUCCCUCACCCGAUCCGCCCCCUCCCUCUCCCUCUCCCGACCCGCCCUCUCCCUCUCCUCCCCCAACCCCUCCCUCGCCCCCGCCCUCUCCUCCCAAACCGCCGGCGCCCUCGCCCCCUCCUCCCUCCCCCCCUCCCCCCCCGCCCAACCGCGCCUACACGUGUACCUCCUGGACAGCUACGGCGGGCCCCAGCGCCGCCAACCCAAACCUCAAUUAUUUUGGUAACAAUAGAACCCCUACGCCUGAGUGCACCACUGCCCGGUCCGCAGUUGUCGCUCUGUUCAGUCCUUACCUGUCGUCUACCUACUUUGACUUCGUCUUCAAGUAUCAGUUCUUCGGUGUUGGAUGCAACGGCAACGAGGUCACCGCCUGCUACAGCGCAUUUGACGACGCGGAGUUAUGCAACAUAAGCCAAAACCUGAUGAGGUUGGACCCCGACGCCCUAAUUAACGCCGUGUUUGGAUUCAGCGGCCAGCAGUGCCCUGUGGCCCUUCAAGGCUACUCACUCGGCGUGACUUCGACCGUGUCGUGCGGCAUCUCCAUGGUUGGGCAAGCCUGCUGAACCGCUGCAUCAUCAUUAGGACCAUCCAGCAGGGGAGGACUGGGACGUUGUCGUGCAUAUGCACGAGCACGCUUGCGUGCAGGGGAGGUGCGUCAAUGCAGCCUGGUUGCGUGAAUGCAGCCUCUCCCAAAUUGGUCGGGCUGGCCCGAUGAUGGCCAUACAUGCGCGUGCGCGUGUACGGUAUGCGUCUGUUUUUGUGAUGAGCAGUAACGGGGGGGAUCAACUCCUGGAUGGAAUGUCCGUUUGUUCAUGAUUGGGUUGGCAUCAUAUGUCGCAUCACGGGCGGCGGGAGAGCUUUUAACAACCUGCACAGCAUGUGCGGCGUGAGGUGAUGCGUUUGCUUGUUAUUGUAAUGUCACUGGGCAGCUCGGAUGGAGGUAGCGAGGAGGUUUGCUGUGUGUAUGUGUGAUUAUUGGGUGUGUUGGUUACAAGAUGGUGCGCAUGCUUUUCUUGCGGGGGGCUAGCUGUGCCCAUGGCCCGAGUGGUCGGGGGGCCGACUGCGCACGCGGCGGAGGUAGGGGCCGGGCGGGAGACGGUACGGACAGGACCGCGUGUGAAGACUGCAUGGGCUGACCCGCCCGCGUCUGGCUGCUGCUGGCCGAGCGUAUCGUGUUAUUAUACAUAUUUACUGUGCCUUUUGGGCUGAGCCCCCCCAGCGAAGCGUUCCAGGGGGGGGCGAAGCCCCCCAGGAACACCCCUGUCCGUGGCUGCGUGGCUGCGUGCGUCGGCAAAACAUAGCAUACUGGCGCAAACCGCGACUGCUACGUAUUAGUAUUUGAUAAUGCCUAUUGCAUGUAAAUAGGUGGCAGG